AAACUUCCGCUGUUGACAAACCAAUACACUUCGCACGUGUAUUGUAGAAGCGAAAGUUAGUUUGAUAAAAGGAAAACAGAAAUCAGUAUGCCAGCAGAAGCACCAGCAAAACAUAAGGGGUCCAAAAAUGCGUCUAAAGUUGUUUCAUUUAGACCCCCUCAAGAAGUUUUAGACGUUUUUUGGACUCUUUCUGACGGUACUGAUGAACAACGAGUAGCUGGAGCAAUUAAGUUGAGCCAACUAAUUGAAAAAUCUGAAGUGAGUCUGUAAUUUACUUAGUUAUUCUAUAGUUAGUAAUAACUGAAGUAAAUGAUUUUCUCUCUAAUGUUGCUUGUUAUUGUUAGCGUCGUGAGAUUAAGAUUUAUGGGCAAUUUAGCGUUAUUAGAUCUCUCUCUAGUAUAAAUAUGUUGCUAUUUAGUCUAUUUUUACAAGAUGAAGAAGUGUCUUGGCAGAGCAUAAAAAAAUCCGGUAAUGUUGUAUAUUAGCGUCAGUAACUUAAAUAGAAAAUUUUUCGUUGGUAUUUAAAAAUUUUUCAAAUAAUUAAAUAUUCAUUGCCGAAGUUCUGUAUCUAUGAGUGAAGUCCCGAACAGAAAUGCAGCAACUUUGCAGGCUUGCAUAUACAGCAGCAUAUUUUGCCAGAUUCUGCUCACAUCAUAUCUGACGGGCAGCUUUUGCACAAGUGGACAGGAUAGGAGAUGGAAUAUAUCAACAUUCAGUUGUUGUCCAUCAACACAACUUCGUUGAACCAAACGAUGCAGAAGUCCACGCAAAGAACAUUGAGAAUUUAAUAUGUGGAUGCAGGCUAAGCGCAAACUGAAGUGACAGUUCGGGACUAGUUGUGCUCUUUUUCCAUCCUAUUUGCACGAGUUUGCUUAUCGUUACUUUGGUGAUGUAGACUUAUUUUCACAGUUCAUCAUCACUUUGGCUGACAAUUAUGGAUUAAUGAACAUGCGUUUUUACUAUUGUGUCAUCACUGAAUAAACCUUAAACUGGUUUUAUAUGGUUUUAAUUAUUUUGUAACAAUUUUUAAAUUACCAACACUAAAAUACAUUACCAAAAAUCCAACAAUGUCACCAAGGCCAAAUCAAUGACUAAGUAAGACUCAGAUUUGAUCAGAAACUCUCUAUCAUUGAUCAAUUAGUGCUUGGUUUGGUUUGGAAGUUUAUUUUAUUUUGAUUUUUUCAAGGGCUUAAUUUAUUUUAUUGUUCUAAACACCCUAUUUUAUUUCUGCCCUUUUGCCAGAUUGCAUCUUUACUUUAUUAUAUUAUUAAUAAAUGUAAAUAAUAAUAUAAGUUUAUUAUAACUUACAUUAUAACAAAUAACUUUAUGUAAAUAACUGGGGUGCACAGUGUCAUUUGGGUAUGUAACAUCUGUGCUGGAGGAAGAGACUGGAUAAUGAACUUUAGACUAAUACUAUAUCAAAUGAAGUUAAAAGCAAAUAUGGAAGGCAAAUAAAACCGUAAAGCCUAGUUAUAACUAUUAAACUUAAAUAAUUUGAUCCCUACUUGUCUAGAUUUGUAUUUAGGCCAGUGAGUUAAGUCUUUUUUUUAUUUAGCAUUGAUCUCUGUCCAUCUCAUACCCAUAUUAUGUUUAGGGCACAUCCCACCCUGCCUAAUACUGGCCAUAAAUUAAUAGUAUCAUUUAGCCUAGGGUAAUGGGGAGUGACCUGAUAGUGGAGUAAGACUAAAAGUACAAAUUAAGGCCAAGGUUGCUGGCCAAUAGCAAGGGCCUAAGUUUAAAAUUAUUUAUAUUAAAAAUUAUUCUAAUUGGAAGAAGAAGAAGGAGCUCAAAGCAAAAGUACCCCAAUGAUUGACAUUUGACACUAGAAUUGGGAAAAUAAAUAACAUGUCAUCUGGAGGGGGAGGGGUGUCACGAUUUUGUGAUUAUCUAUUAAUAAAUUAUGAAGGUGUAUAAAUUGUCCGACAAAUUUUUGACAAUAUGGGUCUAAAAAUCAGGAAAAAAAAUUACAUCAUUUAUGGAAUGCCCUUAAGUUUCUGGAGUAUGAUUGUCACCUUGUUGAAAAGCAGACCCUCUGAGCGUUCUUAGUCAUAUGAAAAGUUAUGUUAAAUUCAACAAGCGUAAUUGGAAGUGCCAGAGCAAUGUGAUUGUACACAUAUUCAUCAUAUGCUGAAUUUUUAAAACUUUUAUAUGUCUCUAUCAGGGUAACAGUAACUUUUUUUUGUGGUAUUUUAAAAGGAAGAUGUAAAAAAACAGAUUCUUAACUACUGCAAAGAAAGACUUGUGAGAGGCCUCAGCUCAGGUAGAAAGUUUGCCAGAGUUGGAUUCUCAGUUGCACUUACUCAGGUAAUAUGUAAGAAAUUAAUACUAAGAUCAAUUUUGUAACAUAUAAUGUAAAAGUAUAACACAUCCAUAUAGGGCCUUUUAAAUGUAUUUUUGCCCCCUUUUUUAAAUUUUUAUUUGUUGUUGGACUUUGCAAAAAAAUAUUUUUACUCUUGGUCUUGAUUAUAUAUUGUUUGUCAUGGCUUAACACUCUUAAAUUUGUUAUAAAGGCCUAGUCAGUUAUACUAAAAUAAUGGUUACUAUGGUUUGUACAAUUUGUAAUAUGUUAUUUAUCAAGAAAGAUUUUAAAGUAUAUCAAUGCAUUAUCUGUGCUCAAUGUCAUUUAAAUCAAGCUUUAUAAGUGUAUUUGAACAUUCUUUUUGUAUUUUUAAAAAAAUAUCAAAAUCGUGUUACAGAACUGUUUCCAUUUUACUGUAUUUAUUUUUGUAUCUUUGUUGCAGCAAAUUUUUGUCUUACUCUUUUUUGAUUACAUAUUAAAUCUAUAAAACCAACAGCUUCUACGACAGUAUGCUGAACUUGAUACAAGUGAUGUCUUAUCUACCAUUAAGGCUAAACUCAUACUCAAGGGCCCUGAAAGGAAAACAAAAAAAGUAUGUUUUCUAAUAUGACACUAUUAUAAUAAUUUAUUUUGUUUUAUUUUUUUUGCACAAUUUUGUUGCUUAUUUCCUAGCUUGCUUUCACUUUUAAGAGUAAUUUCCUCUAAAUGAUGUGUUUAUGUCAAUGCUAAAUUUUAAUUUUCUCACAUUAUAUUUUGCUUCUCAAAUAUUUGUUUUCCAAAAUAUUUAGCCAGCUGAUGAUUUUUUAAUGUUGAAAAAAAUUAACUCUUCCUCAAUUAAUUAGAUAUUUCUUUUUGCUAAUAUACAAAAAAAAAUAACCUUAUUACUAAGCCUCAAGUUGAUAAAAGUAUGUAUUUUUACUUCUUUUAUAAUAGUAUUUAUGGUACUAUUCAUGUAAUAUGUCUUAACAUAGUCACCUUACAUUGUUCAAACCUGUUAAACACAAACUAUAUUUCAUAUAUUUGAUAGGAAGUUGGAGGUGUCUAUCUUGGACGUGCCUUUGCAUUCUCCACACUUAUUAAAGCAGGAAGAUUAACACAGGUAGGAGAGUGCAAAUUUUUAUAAAUUUCAAUCAUUGAAUAUUUGGUCCAAUGCUUAAUCAAACAUUUCAAUGACAAUCUUUUGAUUUUUACUAAAAGCUAUUGCUUAGCUAUCUGCAUGUAAAAUUACAUUUCUUUUGAAAUCUCCACUGAUCACUUUUGCAAUUAUUUUUUAAGCGAUUUUUUUGUUAAGCAAUUGUUAUUAGCCAUAUCACAAUAAUAUCCAUCUUAUUUUUGGCUUAUCUCACAAUGUAAUAAAAUUAAAAUACAUGUCUUUAACCAAGAUGAUAUUGACCAGGGGUUGGCAAUCAGACUUGGCAUGCAGAGCUACUUUCAAUGGCACAUGGAAGACCAAAAAAAUAAAAUGAAGGACUUAAAAAAUGUGUCUCCUUGUAGGGUAUAAUUAACAAAUUCUACUUGGGCACAAUGUUACCAAGAGGUUACAGACCCUUGGUAUAGAUUACAGAGUUCGUAUUUCAAUUAACCAAUUUUGUUCUAUGUUUUCAGCUUAGUGGUGAAGCCUUGAGCUCACUAGUAGAAGACCUUUUAAAAAUGUCUGAUAAGAAAUCCUACCUGAAAGCAGUGUGUAACAGAACAAUUGAGGAUCUGAUAGCACAGGUGUGUGCAGCUAUUUGUUUUAAAUUGCAUUUGUAACAAAAAUGUUAUUAGUUUUGUAGAGUAGUAAAGUUUAUUUUUAAAUUGCAUGAAAGUAGACUAGUUGCUUUAGCAGACACGCAUUUUCUAAUAUUAUUUAAACCUCUUUUAAUUUAAUGUAUUUAAUGUAUUUAAUUUUGAUCCUUCUUUUAUUUUGUGUGUUUAAAUGUAAUUAAUUAUAUUUAUAUUUUUUUUUACAGAUUUCUUCAACCUCCUUUGAAGAGCAUGUGUGGCCAAAAAUAAGUAGCAAGCUAAAAUGGGGGUGGAAUUCAUGUACCUUAGACAGGCUAUCACUUUUGAUGACAUGUCGUGAUACAUUUCCCGUGAGUAGCCACAGCACAAACUGUGAUGUUUGACUUUUCUUUUUUUUUUUUUCAAAUUACAAAAUGUUCAACUAUGUUUGUUACAAAUCAGAUUUGUUUAUAACUGAUCAGAGGUCAUUAUAUUUUUUAAACUGCUGUAAUUUUUAUUUUAUAAUCUUUAUUGUGGGAGUUUUUCCCAUUGAACAAUUACAUUCUCAAGCAACAUGAAAAUUUGGUUAUGCGUCUAUUGUUGAAAGUUAAAUAAUAAAGAAAAUAGUUCAACAUUGUAAGUGUCAUUGUGAUCUUAGUGGUAGAGUCCCCUCAGAGUUGUGAGGUUUUUUAGCAUCACUCAUCUAUACAUACAUUUGAAUAAAUAGAUCCCCUCUACACCAGUCUUAUGAAUUGCAUGGUCAUAUUCUUGAGCCAGUUUCCUCCAUUAGGUACCUAGUUGUUACCAUUCAAAGAGAGGUCUGCUGGGACAAGCACAUUAACAAUGUGUGCUACCGGCAAACAAGACCCUAGGGUUCUUAAGGCGAAAUCUGAAGAUCAGCAACUCAAGCGUGAAAGAAAAAGCCUAUAAAGCCUUAGUCCGGCCGCUUUUAGAGUACGCAUCUACAGUCUGGGACCCAUUUACCCAGAAAAGCAUCGACAGGUUGGAGGCGGUCCAGCGACGUCCAGCGCGCUUUGUCCUGAACCGCUAUAGAAACGCCUCAAGUGUUGGCAGCAUGCUAGAAACACUGGGCUGGUCACCAUUGAAAGAAGGACGACGACUAUCCAGGCUCACCAUGUUGUACAAGAUAAAAAAUGGGCUGGUCCAUUGCUCCAGCAUCAAACCGAAACUCGUCCAUCUCCCCCCAGACAGCGACGAGGCCACGACAGGCAGUUCCGGCUAAUAAAAACAAGAACUCAGUACAGGAACUUCUCAUUCCUGCCAAAGACAAUAAGGGACUGGAACAAAGUUCCAAAAGCAACAGUUCAGGCGAAUACUCCGACACAUUUGUGUCUCAUGCCUCCUGUCUUCCAAACCCCAGUUCAAAAUGCCACUGCUGAGUCGCCCUUGCAACCAGUGAAGUAUCCCCUUGAAAACCAUGCACAGUAACAUCGCGAACCCCUCUGAAACCCAGGGAGCAGAAUGAUCAAUUCAUUGAUCGUGGGCCCUCAAAAUAUAGAAGAAAUAAUAUUUUAAAAUGUAUAUAUUAUUUUAUAAACUAUUUUAUAAACAUAUUUUUCAGAAAGUGACGAAGAAAAAGUUUUUGAUGAAACACUGGGGGUAUCCAUUGUUGUCUGAGGAAAAUGAUGAAAGACUUAUGAGAACUAUAUUGGUAAGACAUAUUUUAAAAGUUAAUUAUUAAUAUAUAUGCUGAUACAAUGAAUACAAUGAAUAUUGCCAAAUAUUGCUGGGCUACAUUCUAUGAUCUAUCUUUACAGGAUACACCUCAAAAGUCUGAGAUUCUGCUUGAAAAAAUUUUGCCAAAAAUGUUGGAGAGUGAGAGAGAUGUAUUAUCCGUAUGGAAAGGUUUAGGGGGUGAAUAUACAUUUUCUCUUCAUUUUAUAUAAGAUCCUUAUUGGAUUUGACAUGUUAUGAACAGUUUAAAAGAUUGUACAAAAUUUCAUCUUCUUUUCUGAACAGCGUCUCAGUAUUUUUUAAUUUGAACUGUACAUCAGGAAAUACUUGGUGUAGAAGAAAAAAUGUAACCAUUCUAAAGUUUAGUUAGGGAUAUGUGACUAAAAUUGUCAUUUUAAAAUUAUCCUCAGAUAAACUAACAGAACAGCUCCAAGAGAAAAGGACAGACGUCAUGUUACAACGUCAACUUUUGGCAUUAAAGAUUGCCAAUAAACUUUUGUCAUCACCUGGUGCUGAAGUAGAACAGGUUGGUCACAAUAUUAUAUAUUAUUUUGGGGUGUUAUUUUUCAGGGUGUCACUUGAGUUUUAAAAUUAUUUCUUUUAUUUUCCUUGGCAUUAACGAAAACUGGUUUCCUUCAACAGAUUUUAGAGAUCAUGCUAUCACCCAGGUUGGCAAAAUAUAUAUUUCACUCCAUCGUCAAGAAAAAUGACCCACUUGCUGCUGCUGCUGAUAGUUUGGUAAGCUUAAGUUCUCUUUCAAUGUCUUUAAACUUUAUUUUAUCCUUUGCAUGCUUUUAGUGCAAACAUUUUAUGGAAAUACCCUGUUAAAUGACCAGCAUCCUCACACUGCAUUAAAUAACAAAUUUCUGAUUUAUAUUUUUUUACAUGGUAACUGCAUAUUGGCAUUAAAUCUAUUAACCCACCUGUUUUUCUUCUAAACUUUUCUGAUUUGUACACAAGCCGCCUCAUCGCCCUGAAGGUUACAUGAUUUUCGAAUAACUUUCACAAACUUGACAAAAAAAUUUUUUUCAACACUCCCCAGUGUGAGCAGUUCUGCACUAAACUUAAAUCAUCCAACUACAGUGUUUAUGAUGUUCUAGAAAAGAUCUGGGAAUCAGAAGCUGCUGAAGUAGAUAAAAAAAAGUCCAAUAAAAUUAAUUUUAACUCAAACAACUUCACCAGAAUCCUUGACUUAGUGAGUAAUUAACUGAAUUUGAGAGUUUAAAAAUAGUUUUUUUUAAUUCAAAUUCAAAAAUCUUUGUUUGCCAAUAAUGCAGAACAAGAUUAUUAAUUUUCUUUUGAAUUUUACAUUUUCUGGGGAAAAUUUGAAGGUGCAAAAAUAUAUUUGCUACCUACAAGUCAAUAAUUGAACAAAAGCUAUUAUUUUUAAAAAAUACCUUUUUCAAUUAUUUUUGUACAGAAAACAUAUUUUAAUUUUAAAGUCGAUGACUGUAAUUAAACUUGAAUAAGCUUCAUACAAAAUAUUCUCAUUAUAACAUAACUAACAUUGAUGUAAGAACAGUAUAAUCUAUAAUGAAGAUAUUUAACUUUAUCUUCAGUUGUCUCAACCUGAGGCAGAGAAAUAUGUUGAAUUUCUAGUUUCUUAUGUUAAAGGGAAAGAGUGGCCAGUAGUGUAAGUGUUCUCAUAUUUUUUUCAAAUUAGAAAUAUAUUAAAUUUCUAUAGCAAAAUACAAUAGAUUGUAAUCGUACUUAUUAGAUAUUCAUAGUUAGAAAAUAUAUAAGUGGGAGGGCUACUGUAAUCCUCUGAAUUUGAGAAUGUUAGAAUUCUUUUUUAAAGUAAAAAGUUAAGCCGAUUAAUAUUUAUUCUAUUGUGAUAUUACCAUUAGAAGACAUGUUGGUUUAUGUUUGAUUAGAAAAGUAUGGAUGGAUUUGUAAUUAUAAAAAAAAUAUGCCAUAAUAAUUGUAUUCAAUAUUUUUAUACCUAUUUGUAGAGCCAUAGAAUCUGGCAAACAAGAUAAACAGCUUGAGUAUUGUGUUCGGCAGCUGCAGCACAUUGCUAGUUCACAGCUCACAAACAAUACAAUACAGUCGACAGUACUGACGUUUUUACUCAGACUGGCUUUUUUCCAAGUGAAUAAAACUACAAAGAGCAUCCAACAUGUAAGAUAUUACUGUUUUCAACUUUUUGUUUCUGCCUCAUGUUAUUUGAUUAAAAAGAAGCGAGUUUUGAUAAAAAAAUUGUGUUGUUUUGGACAUGAAAUAUAAUUUCUAUUCUAUAUUUACAGUCUUAAAAAUGUGACACCUAUUUUUCCUUUUUUUAAUAUCCAUAGUGUGAAAAGUGUAUAAACUUUGGAGCAGAAGACUUACACCAGCAGCUUUGUGAAUCUGCAUUCUACAAAUGCCUUGAUGCUCUAUCAACUCUCAAAACUAGUGAGCAUAAAUUCAAGAAUUUAACUUAAAAUCAAGAGUAAAUCUGGAGACAUUGCUUAAAAUAUUGUGUUCUUGUCCUUUAAAAAGUAAUAAAGUAACAGGUGUCUCUUUGAGAUGGACCAAUCAAAAAAAUAAAGUUAAAGUUAACUAAAAUGGUUAGACACUAAAAUGGCAUGGACAUCAGACAGAUUUUACUUUUAUUAAAUAUGUUGUCCUUUAUAACAGAUUAUAAUUCUUAAUAACAAAUUAUAAUUCUUUCACCUGCAGAUCAGCAGAGUAGAUGGGGACAGUUUUCUGCUUACCUUGAUUUAAUGUAUCACCUGGCAGAAUAUGUUCAGGUUUGUUUUGGGGUUUUUAUAUUUCUUUUUACCGCUAAUCAGAAUGUCACAAAAUGUUAUUAGACUUCAGAAGUCUGACGAUAUAUGAUAAAAAAAAAUUCUACAUAGAAGGUAGACUUAACUGUCAACUUUCAAACUUGCUGAUUGCUGCAUAUUUAAGAAACCCUGAAGUGUAAGGAAAUAGGGCUGUUUGUGUUGUAACUAUUAGCUUUAGAAAUUCUUCUGGAUCACUGUGAACACGGUAGUGGAUUGGUUUUUUGCUUUUCUUGGUUAUUAUGAGGUUAUUCCCACCUUUAUUAGAAUUUUAUUAAAUUUAUAUUAAGAAAUGUCAUCACACAGUUGCUGUAAGGUUAACAUUCUGAUAACUGCAUAGUGAAGGCCAGGUGGUUUAUAUGUAAAAAAAAAAAAGAAAAAUGAUCAGCUCAAGUUAAAUAUUAUGGCUUAUAAAAUAUUUUUUAGGACUUAUUGUUACUUGUUUUUUUUUGUAUUGUUUUUUUUCUCCAGACCCUUUUGACAGCAGAGUCAUUGAAACCUAUAAAAGAAUGGCCCAAUGAGGUGAAUAAAGACAAUUUAAAGUUAACAGAUGGUUGGGUAUCUCUGUUGUAGCAUUAAUUAUAAUUUAAUCUUAGCUUCAAUUAAUGGUUUGAAUACAUAUAUAUGAGGGUAGCGAAAUGCAUUAUAAACAAAUAUGGAAACUUCAUGACCACAUUGUUUUGGCUGCAAUUAAUUGACUAAAAUUUUCACUCAGCUGUUGUUUUGUGUUGUUAACCUAAUUUUUCCUAUGAUUAUUCCAGAUAAAAACAGAAUGGAAAAAACUUUUUGCCUUAAUCACAAAGAUUAAAGAGGUACAUUAUGUUUUUAAUUCCUUAUCAAUAAGGCAUAUGCAGUAGCCAUGAUAAUUAUUUUAAGAAUUUAUUUUCAGAACUUAAAUUAUUAAAGAUGACAUAUGCACAUUUUAUUGCCUAAUAGUAAGGAAUAUUAUAUUUACCUGUACCACAAAUGUGUUGAUGAAAGCCAAGAUUUCUUUGUUUCACAUCUUGUUAAUUUUAAUUGAUCACAUUUCCUCUAUUUCCUUUCUUCUAACAGACAGCAAAGAAUGACAAGGAAGCAUCGUACAACUCUGCAUUUAUGUUAUUAUUCUUAUUCCUGGGAUUUCAAUUUUUUACAGAUCACAAAAUGGCUGUUGAACUUUUACAGGUUAGAAAUAUAUUUAAACCUUCCUAAUCCAGCUCCCAAUCCUAGUAACAAUAGUAUGUAAUCCAAAAUUAUGUCUAAUAUGUCCAAUGAAAUAGUUGAUGAGGCUUAACAAAAAUAUAUGUCUACCACUAUUUCCAGGAUGUUUAUCUUUGCUAUGAGAAAGCUAGUAAAGGACAAAAAGAAAAGAAUGAUGAUGGUAAGAAUUGAGACCAUCCCAACAUAAAUAAACAUUGGGAAAUUGAAAUUUAAUGAUGUUGCUCUGUCGUCUUUGUGGGACAUUUCAAAUUAAAGAAAUAUUACAAGAAUUCUUUCCAUACUGUUAACAUAAGAUUUAAUUUUUGUGUAUAAAUUGUUUUCUCACUUUUUCUAAUCUCUCUUAAACAUGUAAAUUUCUACGAGCAGAGCCACCCUGGGUCGAAGUAGUUACAGAGGUUUUGUUGAGUCUAAUGUCCCUGAAUUCCCACUUUGGAAGAGUCAUCACGGCCACUGUGUUUCGCUCUAUUUCCAGCUACUUGACUCCUGGAGCCAUAGCUCUUGUUUCAGCAGUAGGUUGCACACUUUAUGAACUUUUUUGCUGUCUUGGUACUCUACUAAAGCACAUGUGUCAAACUCAAGGCCUGCAGGCCACAUCAGGCCCGGCGUACAAUUAUCAGGCCCGAUAGAGAAUUUUAGGCCAACAUAUUUUUAAUGGUCCCCCGAUAUAAAGUGCAAAUAAAAUUCCCUAAUUAGCAGCAUUGCCGAACAAUAUGCUACCCGAGAGUGUUCUAGCUUCGAUAAUGGAUAUGCCAAUGAUUUUAUAGUAUUAAAACUUUUUUCUGUUUUUUUUUACCGGGUAUAGUAAUGUUUAAAAAUGGUUUCAUUUUCCGAUUAAUUGAAUUUUUAUGCUAUUCGGCCCGCUGAGCGAUUUAGCUUGACACCCUGUUCUAAAGUACAUAAUUUCAAAGAAUUCCAAAAUCUUUUAAUGUUAAAAAAAAUAUAUAUAAUAUAUAUAAAUAUAUUUCCUACUGGUUAAUUGGCCCCAAACCAAACAUUGCUUUAGACUUAGGGUAGAUUAAGAUUAAUUUAAAUUAGACUCAUUGAGAGUGCUUAGUGGCCUGAGAUUCAGAACAUACAUUUAUUUCUUAAACUUAACUGGCAAUAAAGUUUUCUACAUAACUAUUGAACUGCUGUAAGUAUUUUAACUAUGUUUCCAAGUUUUGUUAUCAUAGAUUCAUGUUGUGAUAAUUCAGUCUGCAGUUUAGAAAGGUUUUAUUUGGUCCAUGAAAUGAGAAGUUAGUUUGGUCAUUAAAUGUUUUCAAAAUUACAAAAUCACCAUCAUACUGAAAUGUUUUCAGAACGAAAAUGUUCUUUAAUCCUCAUUAUAGGUUCUGAUCCCCAAAAAAAGCAGUGCUGAUGAUGCCGGUGGUGUUUUAGUUGAAGUUGAUGCUGAUGAUGGGGACGAAAACCCCAGUGAUGAUGAAGAAGCAGAUGAACCGUCAGAGGAAGAGAGUGAUGAGGACAAAUCAGAUGAAGAAGAAGGUAUGGAUGAGGAUGUUGAUGAAGAAGAAGAGGAGGAGGAAAAUGUUGAUGAAAACUUUCGCCAGUCUGUGAAGCAAGCCUUGGGUGAGGCUGCCGUUGACGAUGAUACAAGUGGAGAUGAUAUAGAGGUGAAUGCUUAGAAAAAUUUAGAUAAAAAAAAUUGUGAACUAAAUAUUCUUCUGUUAAUAAAAAAUAAAUUUGGUAAAAUAAAACAUUUGUCUACUUUUUGGAAAAUAGAGCAGUAAAUCUACAAAAGAAUCCUUUUUUUUUUUUUGAGAGUCAUCACAACUUGACUACAACUUCAGUUUGUUGUAUUAAUGCAUUUCCAGGAUUUGCCAGAUCUAAGUGAUUCAGACAUGUUUAAACUUGAUGACAUGCUGGCUGAGGUGUUCAGACUGAGGAAAAAAGGCGGCGGCAAGAAGGCAAGAGAAGAAAAAAGGAAGGAAACUGCCAAUUUUAGAAUCAAGUACGUGUGGUGGUGUAGACUUAUACUUGAUAGAAUAUGAGGCUUUAAGAAAUGUUUAUUUUUAUUAGCUAAACUGAAAUUUUGUUUAUAGCUGAAAAAUUAAAGUUUUAAACACUUGCUUUUUACAGUCCAUAUAUUGAGUAAAGUAAGAAUACAGAACACACAAUAGUGGUAACUUAAAGAGAUUAAAUUUUUAUUAGAUUUUUAUUUUGUUUCUUUGUUAAAUGGAAUGAAUGUUUUGCAUUUUUGACAUGAAUUGAAGGGGUUCAAAAUCCUGUGAGACAUUCAAUUGCUUGAAAUAUGAUUAUUUUCUGUUUGUUAUUUAAGAGUUUUAGAUCUCGUUGAAGCCAUUGUGAAAUCAGAAAGGUGUGGAGACUUUUUAAUUGUAAGUGAAACAAUUUUAUAAUUACUCUAAAAUUUACAAAAGUUAAAUUGUAGCAUAGUUUUAUAAUUUAUGUUUAAAAAAACAACUAUUUUCUUACAGCAGAUUAUUUACAUUGAUUUUAAAUUUUUUCCUUGUUAUGUCAGGACCUGCUGAAGCCCUUGUUGUUGCUCAUGAUGGAAAACAAGCCAGAAAGCAUUGCUCUUGUUAAAAGAUCGACAGCUGUGUUUAAACUGCUGAAGUCUAGGGCCAAGGCAAGUAUUAAAGCUGUUAAACCUCUUGUUAAUUAUCUUAUCAUUGCUACAUUUUUAAGUUGAGGAUAUAUUAAUUCUGUAAUUUUUUUGGGUUUUAUUUUCACAUUCAAAAUGCAUAAUUUAUUGAUUAAUCUUAAAACACUUUAAUCUCUUUUUGUGUUUUAUGUGUUAAUUCCAAGGCAUUAAACAAAUUUUUAGAUUUAUUGUUAGAAAUCUCUAUAACUCAGUAAUGUUCCCAAUAUAUUUACAGUACUCAAUUUCUUUCUGACUGUGCUGUAUCAGUAAUAUUUCUUAUUGCACUUUAAUUUUCCAGGGUUUGAAAGAUACAGUUCACUCGGUAACGGAUCAGAAAGAUUUUUUUAAAGAGUUGCUGGAACUCGCUCAAACAGGUUUGACGUUAAAUAGAAUCUCAUUUCCACUGGUAGCAUUGCUUGUUUAGAAACUACCUUGCCAAUUAAAUUAAAUUCCAUAUACAAUUUUUAUUUUCAAUGAUUGCUUUAAUUUUUAAUUUCAUAAUUUAACAAGGUGAAAUAUUUUUAACCAAUGCCUCUCAUUCAAUUUCUGAUAAUAAGUUAAUUCUUUUUAAAGCGUUGAAUUUAAUUAUCCUGAUAGUUUAUUUAUUUUUUAUUUUCAGUCACUGAUGCGACACAUUUAAAGCUAACAUCUGUAGCAUGUAUGAUUGUGGUAAGUUUUGAAAAACUGCAAGCUAGGGGGCAUCCAUAACUGAUGCCAUGCAAUUUUUGCUGAUCUCUUCCCCCCUACCUUCCAAAAUACAGGCACUUUCAUAAUAAAUUGUAAAAAAUUCAUGACACCUCUCCUAUGUGUCAUUUACUGAUGGCCGCUUGGGUGUGUAGCUAUUAAAUAGUUUGUUAAACACUAAAUGUAACAUUAUGUUUUUAUACUCUCCAAAAUUUUUUUACAAAAUAUAUCUUUCCUCCUUUUUUUAAAAUGCUAUAUAUUAAUAUUACACGAUGGUCAAAGAUUGUUCAAAUGUUUUAUUGAUAGACUCCAUUGAAUGUAAGAAAUAGUGUAAAUGGUCGUUGCAAGGUGUUAUUCUUGUACCGGUACUUAAAUAAAAUUGUUCCGUGACUUAAACAAGUUAAUACAAAUUCAUUCAUUUCUGUUUACAGAUGAAUUUGGAGUUUACUGGCCAGCACACUGGGGUAAGGCCUUGUCUUUGUUGUGGAUAUAAAAUGAUAUCAAAUCAACAAAUAAUGAAGUAGCGCCAACACCUAAUAAAUUUGAUUAAGUUUGUUCAUGAUUAAAUGAUUGUGAUUGAGUGGUUUAUUAUUUAGUGGUUUGUGAUUUAAUGGUUUGUUAUUAAGUGGUUAAUGUUUAAGUGGCCACCCAGACUAUUUAAAGAAUUAUUAUUGUCAAUCACCAUAGUUGUUUUUUUGCCAUUGUAAGCAGGAAAUGUAAAAAUAAAAAAAAAAUAAAAAAAUUAAUGCCUUAUGUUCUUUUUAUCAAGACUAGAUGACAAUGAAGAAAGGCUGCGACUAUUCGUACUCGGGUACCAGAAGUGAGAGGUUGGGAUUAAAAAACUAUUUAAAAUUUUUAUUGUUGGGUAAUAAACUAUGGUAUCACAAAUGACAUCCGAAUAGCUUGAGUCUAAUGGUACCCGGAUGCGAAUGGCGGCGCUGCGUGUCUGAGUCCAUUUUGACUCUGUGCUAUUCGGAUGUCAUUUGUGGUAGUUUAUUUUAGUUAAACUGAAGAAUUAAGUUUUCAAACAUAUAUUCCAUUCAAUUAUCUUUCAUUUGAUACCUCAGUUUGUCUUACAAACCCACAAUAAAGUUUUAAAUAGUUUUUUAAUCCCAACCUCUCACUUCUGGUACCCGGGUACGAAUAGCCUCUUCGAUGAAGAAAAGUUACUUAAUAAACUUGGGGGGGGGGGGGGGGGGGACAUAAAAAAAAUAAUUAUUGUGAAAAAAUUGUGUGUAUUUGUAACUAAAAAAAUUAAUACUUUUUCCAUCCAGGACUCAUCAGCGGCUCUUUCACAGUGUGUGGAUCUUCUAAAAGAAACACUUGUGAAUGUCAUCAAUAAAAAGUAAUCACAGCCUUUUUUUUAAUUUACUUUUUAAUUUUCCUGUUUUUAUUUUAUAAUAUUUUUCUAAGAAUCACUGGAUGAUUUUCUAAUAAGAAGGAAAAUACAAUAUUUAAAAAAAUCUUUUAUGGUAGUCAAAUGUUAUUAAUUUUUUUCAUUCACAGACAGUCCAAGCCAAGCCUUUCUUUUUUUUCAUCAUUGAUAGACCUGAACCCUGUAAGUUAGUAACAUCUCACCAUUAGCUUCAAUUAUAAGUGAAGGAGUUUUUAUCAAAAUAUUUUUUCUGAUUGUGCAGUGUUAAUUAUCUGUGUAGUGUUUGAAAAAAUGUAUCUUCACAUUUACAGACCUGUUCACCCUCAAACUCUUCAAAUCGUACAAUAUAAUCACAAAAUCGUUUAAAACAUUAUCUUAAUUGUAAAAUAAUAAACUUACAGUAUAAACAUGUAUACACCUUAAAAUCGUACAUUGUUCGCCAAAAUCGUAAGAGUAAACAGGUCUGCAUUUAUAAUAAUUACCCAUUUUUUAAUAUCUAAAGAUACGUUUCAAAGAACUGAGUCCAAUGCUGGUCACUAGCUUGCAGACUGAGACAACUAAACCCCAUAGCAAGGUAUGUAUCAAAAUAUUCUUUUAGCCUAGUCUUUAAAUACUUAACAGUGAAGGACUUGGACUUGUGAUGAAUAGCAGACAUCGUUUCAAUGACUCAAUUUACAGUUUAAAUUUUCUUGUUGCAUUAAAUUUAUAAACCUGCACCAAAAUAAAAUUUUGUCAAUGUUUUUUUAACGUUUUUUUUCUCUCUUUUUGACUUUUGAACUUACAAAUCAAAACAGAUCCUCAGCUAACAUUAAAAUAAAUGUUCUUUGCUGAAGAUCCGAAAUGUUUUUUUUCUCCCCAUCCGUUUACCAAUGUGAACUUUGUCCAAUCCUCAGAUGAUUUGCUGCUCUCUGUUGGCGAGUCUUGCCAAGAAGUCUAACAAUGUGAGUAGUCAUGCGUCAUUAAAUUACAGGCUGUAUGCAAAACUGGCAGUUGAGAUUUUUUUAAAGCAUUAUUUCAUAUUUAGAGCAGUGAGCAAAUUUUCUUCUCUUCUCUAAUAACCAGGUUAAUGACUCUGACAAAGAGAGCUUAGAGAAAUGGAUGACAAAAGCAGCAACAUAUGUGACACAGGUAGGACUAUUGCCAGAUAUUUCUGACAUAUUUUUUUUUUUGUCGACCAUAUAAUGCACACAAGGGAAAACCAGGCUCUGAAAGAAAUAGGACACGGUAUGUAGAGGCUUGAAAUAGAAAAGCAGGACAAAAAAGAAGGAGAGCGUGUUGGGUAAGAGCCUUCCUCAGCAGACAGAAUAAAUGAAGAAAUGACAAGAAAUAGAAAGUAUAUUAAAAACAUGCAGAGUUAAUAGGUAGUAAGUAAUAGAUAAAAUCUCAUUUAGUCAGCUUGGCUAUAAUUUUAUUACCCAAUAAGAUGGCAUAUUUAUUCAGUCCUUCCUUGUUUCACAUAUCUUACAAAGAGAAAUGUGGUGCUGUCCUUGGCUAUUUUAAACAGGCGAUUUUAUUUCUGUGUUGCGUACACGCACCUUGUGUCUUGAAAAUGUUUCCUGAUUUUUAAAGUGAGUUCAACAGUUGCCUAGAAUUUUUCUAAAAUAUUUAUGUGGCACUGUAAAAAAAAAAAAAUCAUACAUCGUAAAACAUUUGAGGGCAAAUAUCAAUUUAUUUUUUUCUCUUUUCUUAUCUCCUAAUUACAAAUUAUAUAUCGUCUUAUGAGCUAUUAAUUUUCAUUUCCAUCCCCCAGUUCAUCCUGGCCCUCGACAGGGCAGCUCUGCAGGUCAUGCUGACCAAGGAUGUGUUAACCUUGGCAGUGGCCCUACAAGCCAGAACUGACAUUUUCACUCAGGUACCAUCUUCUGUUUCAGCUUGACAUGUUUUGGUUUUAUAUUUUAUACCAAUAAUACAGUGGCCUCUUUUUUUAGUAGUUGCAUAAAUAAGGCAUGAACUUGCUCUAACAAUUCAUUAAUCGUGCUCAGUGUUACAUGACGACUUCAUUGUACAUUGUCAGUGUUGAGCAAGAGAAUCUCAUGUUUUUACACUCUAUUUACAUCACAUUGUAUAAAGAGAUUUCUUACUUUGGCUAGAAACUGAUGGUUUUUAUAAUUUUUUAUAAAAAAGGCAAUCAGGGAAAAAUAAAAUCUCUCUGUGGAGGAUGCAUAUAAAUGUUUGCUCAAAUAAGGGGGAAACCUAGAAUUGGGUCAGUAUUUCUACUCUGAUAACAUCCGCUGGUUUACUGUUGUAGGGGGGGUCUAUUUAUAAUACUUGUUACAUACCUACUCUAUAUGGUUUUUGUAAAUUUAAUCUGCUUUAAGAUUUGGCUAAUGUUUUUAACAGUGCGUAACUAAGACUGAAAACCGGUCUACAAAUAAAAAUGAUACCAUAGCUGGUGAUAUUAACAAUAUUCAAUUUAAUUAUAUUAUUAAACUUAUAUAAAGAAUACAAAAUCAAAUAGAAAUGAAAACUAUAUCAAAUUACAGCACAGCAAGUGAAAAAGUAAAAUCCUGGAAAGAUACAAAUAUUAAUUUACACUCACAUAAAAAGUAUGAUCUUGUUAGUAUAUUAUGUCUGUUAAAUGUCUAGGAAUAACAGAAAAAAAUCUCUGCCGGUUUAUUUAAAAGGAGUGUUUUAGUACCCUCCAGAAAAGAUAUUCUACACAUUUCAUCACCCGAUAUCAUUCUCUAGAACCAAUUAGAACGUAAACAACCUUUUCCCAAUCAAGGGAGGGGAGGAUGUGGUACGCACUACACAUUAUUUCAGUGAUGUCAAUAAAUAAAUUUAAAAAUUUUAAGUCUGUGGGAGAAGGGUGGCCACCACAAGCAGUAGAUAAAAACUAGUUUAGCAUAAAAGCUAUAAAAUAAAAUAAUGAUCAAACUUUUUAAACUGGAUUUAAUUUUAAAUAUUUUUUCCUUCUUUUUGGUUUUAGUCACCGUUUGAUGUCAGUGUUAAGAAGCACCUGAUGGAUGUGAAAUCAGCAUUCAACACAGACCUGAGAAGGCUGGCUAAUAAAGUCAUUAGUGCCAUUGAAAGGUUAGUGACAGUUGUAAUAUUAGGGGACAUCAUUACUCUGGAUAAAUUCUAAAAAAAACAUUUUUUACUGAUCGAAUGGCUUCAGUCGCCUUUCCCUGAAUUCUAUAUGACAAUGUAAAUUGUUACAUCCUGGCAUUUAGAAAAUAAAAAAAAAGUUAUUUUGUAAUUCUUGUAAAGUAUAAUUGAGGGAAAAAUAAUUGUUUGUGUGUAAUUGUAAUAUUUUUGAAACAAAUUUUAAUGAAAUCCAGCUUUUGAUAAUGUCAGUUAUAAUUUCUUUAGAAUAUAGCUAGGUUUACUCAGGAUGUUAAAGUUACUCUUUUCAAAUUUAACUCAUUUUUUUUAUACUAAAAGCGCCCAUCCAUAAAUGACAUCAGAUAUUUUUCAACACACACACCGCCACCCAAUUGUCACAAAUUUGUAACUCAAAAUAGACACUUUUAUCACUGUCAUAAAUUGGGGCCUUCCCACCCCACUUUCCCCAGAGGCUUGAUGUCCUUUCUGGAUGGCCCCAAAUUUAUAAAGAUUAUCAGGCUUAAAUUUGUAAGGGGGCAGUAAGCAUGUCACUGGUGAUAACUUGGCUAGGGGGGAAUGUUUGCAUUUAUUUACACUGAACGUAAAAGCUGAUACCAGUGAUAAGAGAAACACUCUUUCAUGUUCUUUUCCUGAAUGGCUGUGUGGCAUAUCAAUACAAUAUUUGUUCUGGCAACCAACCGGCAAGCCAGUCAAUAAUUGUGGGGGGAAAUUUAAGAUGUGGAUCCACAAAGAUUUUUAUUGUUUAAAUCUAGCGUUUCUAGUAUGAGGGACUUGAAUUGGUGAAACUGAAGAACUGUUUGCUUGAAGAGAGUAAAUAUUGAACAAUGGAGAAACAUUAGAUUAGAACAGGAUUAUUGGGAUUAGGUUUCUGUAACAUCUAUUGAACAGGUCAAACUUGAAAAUGAGUUUUACAUUUUAAUACUUGUUACUGUGUGGUGAUGUUUUUUUUUAAACUUAAAACUUAGUAAAAAUUAUAUACCGGUAAUUAGGGGUCUGCCGGAGUCCGGUCCGGAAUCCGGUUCCGCCGGAUUUUGCACUAUCCGGUGAAAUCCGGUUCCGCCGGAUUUACAUGUAUCCGGAACAACCGGAAUCCGGAAUAUACCGGAUUUCGGAAUUUGCCAGAUUUUGUGACUCACCGGAUCAUAAUCUGAAAUAAAAGUAAUUCUCUUUCCCGAAUUCCACACAAUCACGAUACAUUAAUCGAUUGUUUCGAGCGUUGAGCUUGUUUAAUGUUUAAUAUUCUGUACAUACCAGAGGCUAGAGUCAGCACCGCUAAUAGUGGCCAAUAGUGUAGGGACUUUGAUAAGAAAAUUUAAACUUUUUGUAAAAAUAAACCAAUGGCAUAGUUGAAAAGAUGUAAUUUUUUAAAGAAUUAUAACACCAAAAUCAUAUUUUUAGCUGUUGUAGUUUUAAAGUUAUGAAUUUUUAAAGUACGACUUGGUUUGUCAUUUUUUAACAUGGACUGCAUCUCCACAUUCUGUGAUCUCAUUCCACCAAUCCCGUCAUGCGCAAUGACUAUAUAGUUUAUAUAAGGCAACGCAUUCCCUGCCUUAUCACUAAAAUACUGUUUAGACUUAGUUUAAACUUUCAACUUUGGCACAUGAAUAAUUAAUUAAAGCUUUCCCUGACCAAUGGUUUAAUAGUUUUUGCACACGGCAAACUCUUAUGAAUGAAACUCUGAGGUAGUACUACGAUACAGUUAUGCAAGUGGCUGUGAAUGGUUGCCAAUGACAACGUGUUGCACACGGUAAAUUCUGAUCAUUUAUAAUAUGGAUUCUACCGGGUUGUUAAAGCUCAAAUUAAAACAUUCCAGUUUAAAUGUCUUUAAAUGCAUUCUGAAACACAAGUUAUCAAUUAUUUUGAUGUAAAUAGUGAUAAUAAAUUAAUAUUUCCUAAGUAUCGUCAACUUCCGCCAUUAAAAAGGGGGGCGUGGCCAACCCCAUGGCGAAAUUAGGUUGAGCGAGCUGCAUGACCUGCUGCGAACGCGUAGAAACAUGGCGUCUCUCGUAAGACACUUAUCCAAAUGGAACGGAACUCAAAUAUAUAUCGAAAGUACUAAUUUAAUAAUAAAUAGACACACACAUCGGAAAAUUAAAAACUCAGAUUUUUUGGCGCCGAUUGCGAAUUCCCAUACACAAAAAGUAGUAGUCCACCUUGACUUACCGAAGUAUCUACCAAUAGUACCAAAAUUCGGAAUCCGGGAGAAACCGGAAUCCGGAUUAUUCAGGAAUCCGGAUCCGGCGGAUUUCGCAUCCGAAAAUCCGGAUCCGGUUGGAAAAAACGGAUCCGGCACACCCCUACCGGUAAUAUCCAUCUAUCCCUGUGGUGCUACAGCCCAAAUGGGGCUUUGGCCUGCCUCACUACUUCCUUCCACUCUAAUCGAACUAAUGCUUUUCUUUUCCAUGCUUGGAUUUCCAGCUGCUGUAGAUCUUUUUCCACAUCAUCCCUCCAUAUAAGCCUAGGUCUGCCUUUGAGCAGUUUUCCCCUUGGGUUUUGGUGGUGCACCCUAUUCACUCCUCUGUCAUUCGGCAUUCUUUCCAAGUGUCCCACCCUGUAUAGACUGCCCUUUUUUAUUUCUGCUACUAGUGUGGGAUCCUGAUUUAUAGAAAUACAGUUCUUUGUUACUGUGGAAGUGGAUCGAUAAGAGAAAAUAAUGAUAGUAAUAAAAGGAUAAUUUUUAUUAUUUUUUUUUUUUAAAUUUUAUACAGGAGCCAGUCCAUGUCUAAUAAAAGAAAAAGUAAACAAAAAGGAAAUAAACGAACCAAUGGAGAUGCACCUACAGAGAAAUCUCCUGCCAAAAAGAAGAGAAAAUUAUAGAUGACAUGUACAUUGUGUAAAUAUUAUAUGAAUGCAGAUUUCUUCAUAAUACAUACAAUACAAUACAAUAUAAACUAUCAGCUGGUCUUGAAUUUGUUGACUUUGAUUUUUUUAAAGAUCUAUCUGGUUAACUACCAUUAAGUUGCUGGUGGCGCC